UGCCAUAGUGACAGAGCGAGAGAAGCGAGCGGAGAAAUCAUAAUAUAAUUUACCAUUUACCUAUUCAUUUAUCCACAGAAACAAUGGACAACUCCGGUAAAGAAAAGGAAGCUAUUCAGCUUAUGGCCGAAGCUGACAAGAAAGUAAAGUCUUCCGGCUCUUUUUUAGGAGGAAUGUUUGGAGGAAAUCACAAAGUGGAAGAGGCUUGUGAGAUGUACGCCAGAGCGGCCAACAUGUUCAAAAUGGCCAAAAACUGGAGUGCUGCAGGCAAUGCUUUCUGUCAGGCGGCCAGACUUCAUAUGCAGCUUCAGAAUAAACACGAUUCUGCCACCAGCUACGUCGAUGCUGGAAACGCUUUCAAGAAAGCUGAUCCACAAGAGGCUAUCAAGUGCUUAAACGCAGCAAUUGAUAUUUACACAGACAUGGGAAGAUUCACCAUCGCAGCAAAGCAUCACAUCACAAUCGCUGAGGUUUACGAGUCAGAGCUGGUGGACAUCGAGAAGGCAAUUGCACAUUAUGAACAAGCUGCUGACUAUUAUAAAGGAGAGGAAUCAAACAGCUCUGCAAACAAGUGUCUGCUGAAGGUGGCUUCAUACAGCGCUCAGUUAGAGCAGUACCAGAAAGCAAUAGAGAUUUAUGAGCAGGUUGGAAGCAACACCAUGGACAAUCCCCUUCUGAAAUACAGCGCCAAAGAGUAUUUCUUCAAAGCCUCUUUGUGUCACUUCAUCGUGGACGAGUUAAACGCAAAGCUCGCUAUUGGAAAGUACGAGGAGAUGUUUCCAGCCUUCUCAGACUCAAGAGAAUGCAAACUGCUGAAGAAACUUCUAGAGGCCCACGAGGAACAAAAUGCAGAGGCUUUCACAGAAGCGGUGAAGGAGUUUGACUCUAUCUCCCGCUUGGAUCAGUGGCUCACCACCAUGCUUCUUCGGAUCAAGAAGACCAUUCAGGGCGACGAGGGCGACCUAAAAUGAACUGGACGGUGGGGAAACCCACUGCAUGGCGCCCUCCUUCCCCACUUCCAUUUCACAUCUCUUCUGUGCAAUGGCCAAGUCCAGGUUUCCCAAAAACAGUAUGUCAAAACGCAUUGCUGCAACAUUUCUAGAGAAUAUACUUCUAAGCCUGUACUGUUACAUUGAUAUCCAGUUAUAUAAUAUAGCACAUAUCAAACAUUUAGCACUCCAGUUCAAAAAGAUCUGCUCCGGUUUCCCGGGGUAUUUCUGGAAACGCGGGUUCAAGGGAAAGUCAAUGGGGAUUUGAGAUGUUCCUCGUGUUUCUUUCGCAACAGCCGCCGAAUUGGGAUGUGCUAGAGCUGCAUGAAUUGUACAGAUGUAAUUAUAAGUCAGUGCAGCAGGAUUUUCUUUUUGUGUUACUAUUAUUAUUGUUAUUAUUAUUAUUAUUAUUAAAAUUUAGACAGUCAUUAAUUUUAUUUGAACAGUUUUUGUCGUCUGAUUGUCUAAACGGCAUGCAGGCCUCAAAAUGCAGAUGUCAUCCAUGUUUAAUUUAAUCAGUGUAGAAGUUCUUAUUUAAGCUCACCACUGGUAGUUUUGAAAGUAGGAUUGAAAUCCAUCCUAACAUGCCCUAAAUGUGUCAAACAUCAUAGAAAUAAUGCAGUUUUUCUUCAAUGACAUUUUGAUUUUGGGCUGUAAUUUAUUUCAUUUAAUAACACAUCAUUAUAUUGUGAAUUAUUAAUUUUAUGACUUGUCAAGAAAAUAUUAUUAGUCUAAUAAUAGUAUCAUUUAAAAUACAAAGGUAUUAUUAGUCUAAUCAUAUUAUAUUAGUCUGAAAAUUUAUUUAUUUUUAUUUUCAAAUUGUC